AAGACUCCAAAAGCGCCAACGCGCGCCCCUCAUUUGAAGCUUUUGGUCGUUCCCUCCACGUUUGCGAGAGUCAACCAUCGUAUCAUUGCCCAAGCUUCAUAUCUUUUCAACCAGACACCUAUUAAUUUGCUUUCUUGCAGGUAUAUCACUCAAAAUCAACAGAAAACAUCUGGCAUACACAGCAAUAAUUCUGCACUGCUUUGCCCUUCCAAUAUUAUUCUCCUCCAUAGUCCGCUUCGCGAUGGCUUACCAACCGCAAACACCCAUGCAACCCAUACAGCCCGCUCAGGACCAAGCUGUCAUGGGCGGCAAGUGGCAGCAGAAUCUUUGCGACUGCUCGCCUGCGAGUCCUGCGUUAUCAGCACUUUCAUUCCAUGUCUCCUUGUUGGCCAAACCGCAGAUCGUCUGCGAGACCCCACGAUGCAGACAGCUGAAGCCUUGAACACCGAGUGCCUAAUUUACGGAGGCCUGCUAUUCUUCACCGGCUUCCAUUGGGUCUACCUAAUGUUAAAGAGAACCGAAAUCCGCGAGCAUUUUGGCAUCCCUGGCAGCACAGUUGAAGACUGCUGUACUACCUACUGGUGUCAUUGCUGUGCUGCCAUUCAGCAAGAUGGCGAGGUCAGGAAGCGGAUCCCCAUCAGUGGGCCGAUUCAGCAGGGAUGUCAUACAAAUAAGGCCGGGAUGCUGAUGCCUCGUCAGACGGGCCACUCCAACAUGCCGUAGUAAGGGGCUAAAUUUUUGGGGAUAAAAGGAAGAGAAUUAGUGGACGCAAAGUGAAAAGACUCGGUCGGUUGUGUUGAUGCCCAGAAAGACGUGGAGGCUAAGGCUCCAGGUUAGGUGAUGGUGAAGAUCGACGAACUUCGCGAUAUUGGCGCGGCUUUAGUAUCAAAC